AGAAGCUGGACGCUGGCCUGUGCUGAACUGAUCACGAGGUUUGAACUGAACAAGAGACAGCUGACAACUUCCAAAAAAACAAAAAGUUGAAUUUCAAUGUAAUAGAUGUUUCCUUGGUCUGCUGUUUUCUCCCUUGAGCCCAAAGUGCCCGGCCAGCGCAGCUCUGAGGAGUUGGUGACCAACACUCUAAUGUUGGAGAUGGGGGCCAUGGUGAAGCGCACUGAACGCAUUCGUUUGGAGCGGGCGACAGAGGGUCGACGCCGCCGUCGCAGCUCCAUCUCCACAGCUGACUACAGCUGGCUGGCCACCACCCCGACCCAGCAGCACUACGAGCUGACACCCAACGACCUGCUGGAGCUGCAGGACCUCUGUGCCAAGAUCCCUCCUGUGCAGUGUGGCCCUCUGAUCGUCAGGUUCAGGAGGCUGGUGUCUCAGAUGGAGCCUGAGGUUCACGAGGUUCCCCGGCUGUUUCGCUCAGUGCUACACGAGUGCAUGGACGAGGUGAACGGAAACGAAGAUGUGCCGACUCAGGAUGGUGUCUUUGAGAAGCAGCAGCGCAGCAAGAGCCUCUCUUUCGUUACUUUCCGCAGCAAGUUCUGCUCGGGUCAGUUCUUCAAGGGCAGUGGCAUGAGAGGCUCCAGGGGGAAUCUGCAGCAGCAGGUGGAUUGGUACGACGAGGAGGAGGAUGAAGAUGGGGAGGAGGAGGAGGCCAUCAAGGCCAGGGCGAUGAAGGGAAGGAGCAGGAGCAUGCCAGAGAUCAGCCCUCUGGAGCAGAGUGCCCAGGGGUGA